CCACGAUCUAUUUCCUCUUUUUUUUCCCUCCCAUCAGGCUUCAACCCAACUAAUAAUAAUCUUAUAAGACUGUUUUACUUUAACUAGUGACUUACGUUCACGCGCCACCACCGCCGAGGAUGUCGGCGCUCAGCACCAUCACUGCCCAUCUCUUCCCUUCACCCGCAAAAAUCUCCACCUUUGAAGCCGUGAAACCUCGGACCCUUCCCUUCAAUUCCGCCCAGUUAUGCGAUCAAAGCACUUCUUUGACCUCGCUGCUGUUACCGAAAACCACUUCCCGUCGGCGACUCAACUCCGUGGCUGAAGACAGAGAGUUGGGCCCUGCGGAGAGCAUUGAAAGAGAUGACGAGAAGGCUACCGGAGAGUCAAAGUCGGAGACGAUUAAAAAUGAGACCGUGUCAAAUGUGUCUGACAGAGAUCGGUUUCUUAAUGCUGCAAUUGUUCUAGGUGCUGGUACUCUGGCUAUCACUAAGCUGCUUACCAUUGAUCAUGACUAUUGGAAAGGAUGGACCCUUUAUGAAGUCUUGAGGUAUGCCCCAGAGCAUAAUUGGAUUGCUUAUGAAGAGGCUCUAAAAGCAAACCCUGUAUUAGCUAAAAUGGUGAUUAGUGGCAUUGUUUAUUCUCUUGGAGAUUGGAUUGCACAAUGUUAUGAAGGGAAACCUCUUCUUGAUUUUGACCGGACACGCAUGUUCAGGUCUGGCCUUGUUGGUUUCUCACUUCAUGGAUCUCUCUCCCACUAUUAUUACCAGUUUUGUGAGGCUCUCUUCCCAUUCAAUAGUUGGUGGGUUGUUCCCGCCAAAGUUGCUUUUGACCAAACCAUAUGGUCUUCCGUUUGGAACAGCAUCUACUAUGUCGUUCUGGGCUUCUUGCGUUUUGAAUCCCCUAGCAACAUUUUUAGCGAGCUCCGAUCCACGUAUUGGCCCAUGCUGACGGCUGGAUGGAAGCUUUGGCCAUUUGCUCAUCUGAUCACUUAUGGUGUGAUCCCGUUGGAGCAAAGGCUUCUGUGGGUAGACUGUGUUGAACUUGUGUGGGUCACUAUACUCUCGACUUAUUCCAAUGAGAAGUCCGAGGCUCGGAUUUCUGAAGAUUCGUAAGAGGCCACACCUACUACUAUGCCAAACAGUCCUCGUCGACAAAAAAAGGCGAGGUAUGGAAUUUCAGCAAGUCCAACUUGAAUAGUUUUACCUUGUCCUUGGGAUAAGUACAAUCAACUAAGUAUGUUUUAACAGUCUAUAUGUGUUCCGUUGGUUUUUUCAAUUGCUAUUUUAGCUCCAAGAAACUGCAGUGAAGUGAUGAUACAGAUAAACCGUAGCAAGACACAUACUUGUUAAUUAAGAAAAUCCUUGACUUAAUUGUUGUAAUAUUAUUGUUGUAACCUUACCUUCUUUAUUUUCUUCCUUUUGUAUUGCUUUUUUAUCUACUUAAUUGAUGAUUAUAUUAUUGCUUAGUAUGCUAAGGUGCGUCGAUGAACUAGAAUUAUAAUUGCAAGCACUGUGAUGAGUGAGUGUUUUUUUAAAAAGUCUGAUGAGUGAGUUAGAUA